UUUUUCAGUGUGUCUAAGGCACUGACAGUGACAUCGUCAAUUUCUGCUCUGAGUUUUAAUUCCCCAAAGAAGAAAAAAGUUUUGCACUGAAGCUACUAUGACGCGUGUGAUGUUCCUGGCGGUGAUCGCUGCUUUAGCCAUCUGUGCUGAGACAGCUUCACUGGGACAUCAAAGAUCUCAAGGGGAACUGCACCGAGGAAAACGUCAGUUCUCUUGGUCUAGCAAUCAAGUAGUAACACAGAUCGGAGGAGAAGAGAGCGGAGGAGAGCAGAGGGUCAAUUCUCACAACACAAUUCUUGGCAAUACUCAGAAUGUCAGACAAGUGGCAACAGCAGACAAUAACAAGCAAAUUGUGCAUCAAGGCUAUUCUCUGUUCGGCCCCAGUGAACAAGAAGUCGUGCAGAUUGCUACAGGGAAAGGUUACCAACACCAAAUUAUCCACCAAAAGGGAAGCAUCUUUGGGACUACUAAAUAUAAAUAUACUCAGAGAGGAGGAACUAAGCAGGUGUUUAUUGGAAAGUAAUACAGGACAGAAAAAAGAUCCCGCCCUGACCCUGUGCUACUGUUGAAACUACAUCUUUUUUUAUGAUUUCUUUGGGUCAAACCAAAUUAUAGUCAACGUUUACCAGAACCAAAUACACUAUCCUUAGCAC